AGAUACACACACGCAGACAUAUAGGCAUGAAUAGUGCCGCCAGCAGCGGUCAUGUGGCCUACGAGGCCAUGACAAACGCGCAGAAGGCGGAGUUGUCUGCAUACCUGCGCAAUCAACUCACAGAGGACAGCAACGGGCCUCAGUGGACGUCACACAUGCGUCUCUUGAUCAAGGAAACGUUGGCGCGACGCGCCGAGUCGGGUGAGUCCGUUGACGCCGGAGAUAUUGUAGCAGAAGUGCUGCCCGUAGUUCGCGCUGCCAUCCCAGGGGAUGUGCGCGAGGGUCUUUUUCGGAUAGUUGCGACUCAGUUGAACACCUAA